GGACUAGAUUAAUUUAGAAUAUCUGGUUGGCGCAGACAAGUUGGUCCAAAGGGUCUGUUUCUGUGCUGUACAAUGCUAUGACUCUAACUUACACACUCUGCCUCAGUGUACCUCAAUCCCAGUCUCAGAAGAGCAAUAACUGUGUUUUAUUCACACUGAGUUUUGAUGCACCCAGAAGAGAGGUCCUUCUGAGUAUUUUGGGAAAUCGUAUAGACCGGGUCUCCCUCGUUCCACUGACAAGAUUCUGAGGAACGGGCAUUUUUUGUGGAGAAUGGACUCGAGGGACGUGUGUGCUGGAGCUGAGAGUCUGGAGAGUCCACCGGAGAUUGAGAGCUGUGAUUCAGUGAUGGUGUGGAGCUUGGAAGAGGCUGUGCAGAAGCAAGUGCUGCAGAUUGGAUCGAGUGCAUGUGGUGCAACCGCGGUUCUUAAUGCCCUGCAGGCUCUGGGAUUUGACGUUUGCUCUGAAGUUGUAGAGAAGUGUGUCCAGACAAGGAUGCGGAAGAACAAUGCUCCCCUAGCUGAAUACUUAAUAUCACGAAGUGUUGCAGGUGCCACCCAUCAGCAGCUGAUAGAGGGUGCAGAGAAGGCAAGUGAAGGAAGGGUUAUAGGGAGAUUUUUCAGCUUCUACCCUGAACGAAAUGUGGACCUGACUGCUUGGCUGGCGAGCUGGAUGAAGAAAGGAGCUAUUGCAGUAGCAACUAUGAACAUGCAAAUUGCUGUGCCGGAGGGUGAAGGGAUCCCAGAUGCUUGGCAUCAUCAGAUGAUCUUUGGAGUGGACUCUGAAGGGAUUUACAUGACCAAUCCCUUAGAAAUAGAGAGAAGCAGCCUUGUUAAGCAACGCCUAUGCAGUGAAUCGCAGUUGCUGAUUCGGAUGCAAGAUAUCAUGAGUCGGUUGUCGGGGGACCCAGACUUCUCUUUGCUUAAAGAGACUCUGGACCAUUCCAUGUGGGAGGAGCUGGAUGUUGUAGGGCAGAUUAAUCGGAUGGUUUCUGGGGAUGUUGCUCCAGAUGAUGUUUCUCACUCGUCCUAUGUGGUGAUUCCUGCAGCAUACAGGUCAGGGGUCACACUGUUUGCCCGGAGACACUUGGACCUGACCAAGGAGCUUUUAUUAACACCUGAGCUUCCUCUAUUAAAUGACCAGUAAUCUUGAUGACUACACAGAGCAAAGAGAACUUACAGUCCACUUCAUCAAAACCUCCAGGAACCUAAGAAUUUACUGAACCCCAUCAGACGAUCUUUUCAGUACGAAUGAUGCAAGAUCAAAGAAAGAAAAGCAACAUCAGCAUGAGGCUCCUUGUUCUGAGAAGUGUGUUAGUGUGUCAGGCUGUCGUGUGAGAGGCAGCGUAUGAUUUUGAGAAGUAAGUGGGUCUGAGGUUGCAUGCAGGUCAGUGUUGAUGCACCGUAAACCAGCUGGUUUGAAGUUUGCAGUAGGUAGUGAUCCUCCUUCCAACUAACUUGCCACUCUGCUUUCUCAAAGUUUUAUUUACACUCAUUGUGCCUCCAUUCUUCCCCAGCCUGAUGUGGUAGAGCAUUGUUUGAACUGGGCCCUGUACCCCAGGGAUUCCUGCACAGUAAUCGAGCAGGAACCCUGGCUGAUACUCCCAAUCUAGACCAGAAUCUUGAGGGUAAGUGCCCCUUACUGAGAUUAGCAAACUCACACCUACUGAGCUUCCAGCCCUUGCUGAUGAACUGGGAGAGCUUUGAUACUGAAAACAAAGACGACUUAAUGCAGAUGGAGCAGAAAACCCAGAGCCUCCCUCACGUGCUCUUACUCAUACUGUUUUGCAAAGAGAAUUUGAUUACUUGUUAAAUAAUUCAGGGUUUUUUUUCUGAAAUGGUAACUUAACACAUUAGAAUUUAUUUUGUUCAAGUAUUUUAAAUGUUAAUUCUGUGUAGCACGGCUCCUAUAGUUCCAACAGCCUUGUCAUUACUGCCUAGAAUGUGUGUGUGGGGAUGGCCUACUCUUAAACAGCAUUAACAAUUUUAAAUUUGAGCAAGAACUUAUACAGAGUUUAUUUUAUUCAGAGUUUGACUGAGAUGAGUGGUGGUGACAGGUUGUGUAGUUAUGUUCUAUAAUCUUUAAGGUCUUUGUUGUACAUUUUAUUGAGAUUAAAUGUGUUCAUAUUUUGAAA